UUUAAAUUCCCUCUGGGAUGUGAACUUCCUUUCUGGUCAGUCACUCACAUGAAAAUGCCCAAAAUGUGCCACGAUUUAACCUACUUCAUACAGAUCGCCUCCUUUCUUACGCCACAUGUCUUUACGUAAUGGGCAGUGAAAGACACCCCAUCACCUUAAACAACUAAUAUCUGCGAGCAACCAGUUUUUCCCAUGCUUCUAUAAAUAUGCCCUCUUUCAUGGAUAUUCUUCAAAUCUCCAAAGAUCUCGAUCCUUCCACAAACUCGAACCUGGCUUUUCAAGUUGAAAUCAACAGAAUAUAUCUCUUUGUGUUCGGAAAGCACUGGUGAGUUCAAGAAUGGCAAUGGAGUGGUGUCCUCAAACUGCGUUGCAAGCUUACCUCCACACUCUUCACCUGUGUAAAGUUCAAAACAAUCAAGACUGUAGCAGCAGAAGCUGCAUCAUAGAACCAAAAUGCAUGGAGUUCGUAUCAGCUUUGGCAGCUGGGAAGAGAGCAAAGUUAAUCGUACAGAUCACAUCUGAAGGCGUAACACCGCUGACUGUUUCACUGGCGGUGGCCGCAAAGCAGACCGGAGGCCGCCUCAUCGUCUGCAUUACUCAGCCUCUUAAUCAUCAUCACGAAUAUGUGGAGAAUAUGAGCAAAACCCUGUUUCUGGAAAAUGGUCUUCAAGGUGUUGUUGAAUUUGUUUAUGGUAUUGAUCCAUGUGUGGUACGGGUGGUGAAGCAGCUGAAGAAUAUUGAUUUUGCGGUCAUCGACUGCAAGGUUGAAGAGUACUUAAAGUUGUUAAAGAUUAUGAAUCUAAAUCCAAAGGGUAGCAAUGUGGUGCUGAAUAAUCUUCAUCACUCUAUAAGGGGGUGUGGAGGUGUGUCUCCUGAUCAGGUUUUUAAGGAAAAGAAAGGGUAUCACUACGUGACACUACCUAUUGGAGAGGGGAUGGGGUUGACACGAUUCAGAUCAAAUGGCAGGUACCAGAGCAAGAAAUACAAGAGGUUCCAUGUAACAUAUGAAGCUUGA